AUGCAGCCGGAGGGCGGUGACGCUUUUGUCACGUUCGGCCGGGGGCUGCUGAAGGUCUUCAACGCGGCGAAGAACUUCGGCUUCAUCUCCCCGGUCUUCAAGGGCGAGGACUCCGAGGGGCCCCCCCUGCCCGCGUGCACGGACGAGGGCCUCUGGUUCUUCGGGAACCACUCGCUGCCCAACCGGGUGAACCCUGGCGUCGAGCUGACCUUUGAGAUCUGGGAGAACGCCCAGGGGAAGGCGCAGGCCAGGCGGGUGCAGGUCUCCUCGGAGCCGACGCAGAUCCAGCAGCCCGAGGUGCAGGAGAGGCCGGUGCAGCGGCCCCCGGAGCGACAGCGCCUGCACCCGAACGAGCCCCGGGUCAUCUAUCCGUCGGUGUACGUCUCCGACGUGCCCGUCGAGUGGAGCGAGGGCGAGAUCCGCAAGCUGCACCGAUCGCUCGGCCUAAACCCGGACACCAUCAUGGGUCUCAAGUUCCUGCCGUUCACCGAGGUCUCGCUCGGCAUCGCGGGGGAGAAGGGGUCGAGGCAGGCCACGCCAGUCACGGGCUCGGUGAUCCUGCGCUAG